GAGUAUAUAAAGGAAAGUGACAAUUUAGUUUCUCUUCAUGAUCAAAUUCGUGAUUGUGACAGUAUUUUAUCCCAAAUGGAAACACUUCUUGGUGGAUUUCAGAAAUCUUGUGCUAGGCUGAGAUUGGUUCUAUAAGUUCAGAAAUAAAAACUCUUCAGGAGAAGUCCAUGGAUAUGGGUCUGAAGCUGAAGAAUCGCAAGGUUGCUGAGUCAAAAUUGGAAAAAUUUAUUGAAGACAUCAUUGUCCCACCAAGGAUGGUUGACGUAAUUGUUGAUGGAGAGGUAAAUGAUGAAUACAUGAGGACUCUUGAGGUUUUAAGUAAGAAGCUGAAGUUUGUUCAAGUAGAUCCCAUGGUCAAAUCUUCAAUAGCUCUAAAAGGUGUUCAGCCUGAGUUGGAAAGACUUCGGCAAAAAUCUGUAUCAAAGGUAUUUGAGUUCGUUGUUCAGAAGCUAUAUGCCUUAAGAAAGCCCAAAACAAAUAUUCAGAUCCUUCAACAAAAUGUUCUUCUAAAAUACAAGUAUGUAAUUCUCUUUCUCAAGGAACAUGGAAAGGAGGUCUAUACGGAGGUUCGUGGAGCAUACAUUGACACAAUGAAUAAGGUUCUAAGUGCCCAUUUCCGGGCUUAUAUUCAAGCACUGGAGAAACUACAACUGGAUAUAGCAACAGCAAAUGAUUUGAUUGGUGUAGAGACCAGAAGUGCUGGCCUCUUUUCAAGAGGAAGAGAACCUUUAAAAAACAGAUCUGCUGUAUUUGCACUGGGGGAUAGGAUAAACAUUUUAAAGGAAAUUGAUCAACCUGCAUUGAUUCCACAUAUAGCCGAAGCAAGCUCUCAGAAGUAUCCAUAUGAAGUCCUCUUCAGGAACUUGCACAAGCUUCUUAUGGAUACUGCCACCUCAGAAUAUCUCUUCUGUGAUGAUUUCUUUGGUGAAGAAUCCAUAUUCUAUGAGAUAUUUACCGGUCCAUUUGCUGUUAUCGAUGAACACUUCAAUGCAAUCCUUCCAAAUUGUUACGAUGCUAUCGGCCUAAUGCUUAUGAUCCGCAUUAUACAUCAGCACCAGUUAAUUAUGUCCCGUCGGCGAAUUCCAUGCUUGGAUUCAUAUUUAGACAAGGUCAAUAUUGCACUAUGGCCUCGUUUUAAGAUGGUAUUUGAUAUGCAUCUAAGCAGCUUGCGUAAUGCAAAUGUGAAGAUAUUGUGGGAGGAUGAUGUUCAUCCUCACUAUGUAAUGAGACGUUAUGCUGAGUUCACAGCCUCACUUAUUCACCUCAAUGUUGGGGAUGGGCAGCUUGAGUUGAACUUGGAACGACUGCGAAUGGCUGUUGAUGAUUUGCUCAUUAAGCUUGCCAAAAUGUUCCCUAAACCGAAGCUGCAAACUGUUUUUCUUAUAAACAAUUACGAUAUGACAAUUGCUGUGUUGAAGGAAGCUGGUCCAGAAGGUGGAAAGACACAGCUGCAUUUCGAAGAACUGCUAAAGAGCAACACAGCAAUUUUUGUGGAAGAGCUACUACUAGAGCAUUUUGGUGAUUUAAUCAAGUUCGUCAAGACCAGAGCCUCUGAGGUCCCAAGUUCUACAUCAGAGAGGCCUAUCACUGUUGCCGAUGUUGAGCCCCUUGUUAAGGACUUUGCAAGCAGAUGGAAAGCUGCGAUAGAACUCAUGCACAAAGAUGUCAUCACUUCUUUCAGUAACUUCCUGUGUGGUAUGGAGAUCUUGAGAGCUGCAUUAACCCAGCUGCUGCUCUAUUAUACUAGGCUUACAGAUUGCAUCAAACGCAUAGUUGAUGGAUCGACACUUAACAAGGAUCUGGUUUCCAUAGCUUCAAUAAUGUUUGAAAUCAGGAAAUACUCGAGGACUUUCUAGUUUACCAUUAUGUAUAGCUCCUAAAUAAUGUCAGCCUUUGUUGUUGUUGUUGUUGUGUGUGUGUGUGUGUGUUUUUUUUUUUUUUUUUUCAACCCCCACAGAGAGAGAAAUUUGUAUACCAAGGGAAGGGAUUCUAGCCCGCCUCAUAUUGUCAUGUGAGAAAUAAUUUUUUUCCUUUUGACCAAGAUAGGUUUCCAUGUAGCUAUAAAUGUAUUUUGCAGGGGAAAAAAAGCAAAAAAUAAAUAUUUCACAUAUAA